AUGCAUUAUCGGCAGCUCAUGACCCUUGACACAGGGAAUGAUAUGCUGUUGUGCAAAGUUUUCCCAGCCAGCCUACAAGGCCAAGCUCUUUCGUGGUUUCAUCGACUGCCCGAGAACUCGAUUGACAAUUUUCGGGAUCUGUCCGAGGUCUUCGUGGGGCAGUACUUAUGCUCAGCCAGGCAUAAACAAAAUAUCAGCACCUUGCAGAACAUCAAAAUGCAAGAAAAUGAAACUCUGAGAGAGUUCGUGAAACGUUUCGGACAAGCUGUCCUACAAGUCGAAUCAUACAGGUUGGACGCAGUUCUCCAAAUUUUUAAACGGAGCAUAUGCCCAUGGACCCCCUUCUUCGAGUCCCUCGCCAAAAAACCUCCUACAUCCAUGGAUGAUUUAUUCCGGCGUGCAAGUAAAUACUCCAUGCUAGAAGACGACAUUCGUGCCGCUGCACAAUGGCCAGUACCAAUAAGAUCGAACCCCUCAGAAAGGAACCACAACAAAAGAUACGAUUACCAUAAAGAUCAUGGGCACACAACUGAAACGUGCGUAAGCCUCCAUUACAUGGUGGAGGAUCUCCUAAAAACGGGACACUUGAAGCAUUACGUCCGAACAGCGCCUAAAGGCGAAGGAUCUUCCCAUGAUCAAGGCCCACGCGCCCCAGCGGCCCCUGUUAAGGCAGUGAUCAACUACAUAUACGGAGGACCCUUGGAUGACGAGUACAGUUCCAAAAGGAAAAGGCAGAGACUGCUGCGAGCAGCCACGGUUCGGGAACAUGUGAGCUCCAUCCGGCCGGGAUUAUCCAAUGGGAGCAUCCAUCCCAUAGAUGGAACCAUUGUCUUCCCCGCUCUGAAUCCCACCCGAGUGCUGCAGCCGCAUUGA